AUGGCCGUGUCUAUUUCCCAAGUAGCAUUUGAACAUCACCGCACCGCCCUAGGUAUCGCGGAGACGAAACCCCGAAUAUCGUGGCGCUUCGGAGGUGAUGCCCCCAACUGGCAACAAUCCUCCUACGACAUCCAGGUAAACCGUCAUGGACACGCCCUGGCCAAAUCAUACACCACUUCGCAAUCUGCCUAUGUUCCCUGGCCAGACGAGCCUCUCAAGUCAGCUGAAGCAGCGAAAGUGAGAGUUCGUGCUCACGGCAAAGCAGGACAGUCCUCAACACCAUGGUCCGACUGGGUGGCCGUUGAGACGGGGCUUUUAAGCUCGCAAGACUGGGCUGGCGCGGGUCCAAUUGCUGCUGAUCGUCCUUCAGAGGUAGAUGGUCCCAAGAGGCCGAUAUACUUUCGAAAGUCGUUUCCUGUGGAUAAGGACGUACAAACUGCGAGGCUGUAUAUCACUGCGCUGGGGUUAUAUGAAGCAGAGAUAAAUGGGCGUCGGGUUGGGGAUGCGGUAAUGGCACCGGGGUGGCAAUCGUAUAACUUUCGUCAUGUCUAUGAUACGUAUGACGUUACGGAUCUGUUGAAGAAGGGAGAUAACGCUAUUGGGGUGUUGGUUGGUGAGGGUUGGUAUGCCGGCCGUUAUGCAUUUGAGAAUAAUCGCAAUAUCUGGGGUGAUACGAUUGGUCUUCAGUCACUGCUUCGAGUCACGCUGAAGAAUGGGACGGUGCUCACAGUGCCGUCUGAUGUGUCGUGGAAAGCAAAUACCGGACCCGUUGUGUCUUCCGAGAUAUAUGACGGAGAAACAUACGACUCUCGAAUGGAAGCCGACAUGAAGGGCUGGUCUAGUUCCUCCUUCAAGGACGACAAGUGGCUUGCGGUUAAGAAACUACCCCCCGUGAAAGGGCAGUUAGUUCCCCCUGAUGGCCCUCCCGUCCGCAAGUUGGAAGAGCGUAAGCCAGAGAGAAUCUUUACAUCCGCCUCGGGAAAGACGGUGCUUGACAUGGGCCAAAACAUGGUGGGCUGGCUACGUCUCAAGGUCCACGGCCCAAGUGGAACAAACAUUACGCUUCACCACGCCGAGGUAAUGGACAAUGGAGAACUAGCACUGCGGCCAUUGCGAUCUGCCAAAGCAACGGAUACUUUGAUCCUCAACGGGGACAAGAAUCAGACGUGGGAGCCGCACUUUACGUUUCACGGAUUCCGAUUCGCGCAGGUAGAUGGCUGGCCGGCAGACACACCACUUACACGGGAUUCCAUCAAGGGCAUCGUCGUCCACAGCGACAUCGAGCAAACGGGCUGGUUCCAGUCCUCGCACGAGCUGCUCAACAAGUUCCACGCCAAUGUGCAGUGGUCCAUGAAGGGCAACUUCCUGAGUAUUUCAACCGACUGCCCGCAGCGAGACGAGCGGCUGGGCUGGACGGGCGACGCACACGCCUUUGGACCAACAGCCAACUUCUUAUACAACACGGCUGGCUUCUGGAGGGGAUGGCACAAGGACAUGUGGUCUGAGAUGCAGAGACAGGGACUGAUGCGGGUGCCGUUUUUCGUUCCAACGAUUCCGCCGGACCAUAUCGACACGCCGGCCGCGUUCUGGGGAGACGUUGCCGUAGGCGGACCUUGGAAUCUAUUCCAGUUCUACGGCGACAAGGACAUGCUCAAGGAGCAGUAUCCGCAGUCCAAGGCAUGGAUUGACAAGGGCGUCCCCCGCAAGGAAGACAGGUUAUGGGAUCGCAGCGGUCCUCAAUUCGGCGACUGGUUAGAUCCGAAAGCACCGCCAGAGAAUGCCGGCGCAGCUACAACACACGCAUAUCUCGUGGCGGAUGCGUAUCUCGUACGGAUGACGGAGCUGCUAGCCAACAUGUCUUCUAUUCUAGGCGACAAGACAUCCGCAGACGAAUACACCAAGCAGCACGCCGCCCUGCGGACCAACUUCCAAAAGUCAUGGAUGGUGAACGGCGCCAUGGCGAACCGCACACAGACGGCUUACGCGCUCGCCCUCGACUUCGGCUUAUACACCGACGACAAGCAAAAGGCGACGGCUGCAGCCACGCUCCGAGACAUAGUCGCAAAGAACGACUACCUCGUCGGAUCGGGCUUCGCCGGCACGCCUGCGCUCGCACCGGCGCUCCAGUCCAUAGGCGCAGUCGACGACUUCUACUCGAUGCUGCUGCAGACAAAGGUCCCGUCGUGGCUGUACCAGGUGGUCAUGAAUGGCACCACGACGUGGGAGCGCUGGGAUAGCCUGCUCGCCGACGGACACGUCAACCCCGGAUCGAUGACUAGCUUCAACCACUAUGCUUUCGGGGCCGUGGCAGACUGGGUACAUCGCACGAUAGGCGGUCUUGCGCCAGGUGAAGCUGGCUGGAGGACUGUUGCGGUUGCGCCCAUUCCAGGAGGGGGCAUCACGCAUGCUGAUACCAAGUUUGUGAGUUCGUAUGGCGAGGUGAGAGCGCAGUGGGAUAUUGACGGGGGGAGGUUCAAGCUGCGGGUUUGGAUUCCGCCGAAUUCGAGGGCCGUGGUGACGAUGCCUAGGAGUGAGAAGGUGAGGAGUGUGGGAUCGGGAUAUCAGGAGUUUGAGGAGGUGUGGACGUAG